AUCUUUCAAUCCAUAAAUAGCCCAUCUAUUGCCCCACAUUUCCAUAAUUAAACAAGAAAAAAUAUGGAUUUCUUUCAUCAUAAUAAAACCUUCCUAUUAUCACAGUUCUUGAUUUUCUGCAUGAUAGUUGUCGUUUCAUGUCGAGGUCCAGUCUAUAAGCCUCCAGAAGUAGAGAAAUUAACUGAUCAUUUCAGCCGAUUAUCGGUUAAUCAAGGUUAUAAUGUAUUCUUUGGAGGUGCUAAUGUUCGUAUGACAAACAAUGGGUCCAGUGCUGAUCUUAUCUUAGAUAAAUCUUCAGGUUCUGGACUGAUCUCUAAGGAGAAAUACUACUAUGGUUUCUUCAAUGCUGCUCUAAAACUGCCUGCUCAUUUUACAUCCGGAGUUGUAAUUGCCUUUUAUAUGUCUAAUUCAGAUGUGUUCCCACACAACCAUGAUGAAAUUGACUUUGAGUUGCUUGGGCAUGAUAAGAGAAGAGAUUGGGUUCUGCAGACUAAUCUAUAUGGAAAUGGAAGUGUUCACACAGGGAGAGAAGAGAAGUUUUACCUCUGGUUUGAUCCAACACUGGAUUUUCAUGACUACACCAUCCUCUGGAAUAAUCAUCACAUAGUAUUUCUUGUGGACAAUGUGCCAAUAAGAGAGGUAGUUCAUAACACAGCUAUAUCUUCUGUUUACCCAUCAAAGCCAAUGUCUGUUAUAGCAACAAUAUGGGAUGGAUCAGAAUGGGCAACUCAUGGAGGAAAAUACCCUGUAAACUACCAAUAUGCACCAUUUGUAACAUCAAUGAAAGAAGUAGAAUUAGAAGGAUGUGUAAGACAACAAAAUACUUCAGCAACUUCUACAUGUUUUAGGAGAAGUACUUCAAGUUUGGAUCCUGUUGAUGGGGAAGAAUUUAUGAAAUUAUCACAACAGCAGAUGACAGGGCUGGAUUGGGUAAGGAGAAAGCACAUGUUCUACUCAUAUUGUCAAGAUACUAAUAGAUACAAAGUUCUACCACCAGAGUGCACUUCUAAUUAAUUUAUUUGUAACUAAUAAAUCUUGAUUCUUUGUCUCUAAUUAUAAAAAGGAGAUGGACAGUGAUCACGCUCAA